CUUGAUGUCCAAGUUUGCAGACUUUGCAAGGCAUUUCGCACCCAAACACCUGAGACCAUCCAGGAAGAAUCCUCGUAUCCGCCCUCGAGCUAAAACUAAAUUGUUUAACGUUCGACAGCCCACACCAGUCGAUCCGGUAGAACACGAAUUGUUGUUAGAUUGGUGGCGCAAUUACCGACUGCAGUAUGCGGCUGUCAAGGACCUAUUCGCCUAUGAAUUGAAAACAAAAGAAGUUGAACUGGCAGCAGCCAUCAAGAAAGAUGAUGAGGGCGAACGCAAUCGACGGCAUGCUUUGAAUACAGCCUGGAAUGUGGAGACUCGCACUCAAGCAAUCACUCCAUUGCGAAGUCUUCUGGAACAGCUCACUAUCGAACAUAAUCAGCGCCUACUGGACUUCCGCCAGACAAUGAGCGAUCGGGUUGAACGUGAACGGGCUAGGAUACAAGCUAUUCUGGCUGCGGAGCCCAACAUUAUCACACGUGACAAUAUUGACGCCAAACUUGAGGAGAUUUUCAAUUCGGACAUUGUGGAUUACAACUUCAUGGUUGAUCACGCUGGUAGAAUCGUUCGUGGAAGUAAACCUUAUGAGAAUCCCAAUCAGGAGGCACCAUCCAGCGACACAGAACCGAAGACAGAUCCUCCAGACCCACUUUCUGUCCAGGUCUAAAGCUGAUUCAUCCUUCUCUACCCAUUUUCUCCAGUGCCAAUGUAUAGUUCAAUACGUUUCAGAUAGAAGACUACUUCGUGAGACGGCUA